AUGCUUCCCAGCGCCUCGCGGGAGAGAGCCGGCUAUAGAGCAGGAGGCAGUGGUGCUGAAAAAGGCUCGUUUCUCGUCGUACUGAGUCGUCCAUUGACCCCGGGAUCAGAGCGAAGAAGACACAUGGCGGCACCUGACUUGCUGGAUCCAAAAUCUGCUGCUCAGAACUCCAAACCGAGGCUCUCAUUUUCCACGAAACCCACAGUGCUUGCUUCUCGAGUGGAGAGUGACACGACCAUUAAUGUUAUGAAAUGGAAGACGGUCUCGACGAUUUUCCUGGUGGUUGUCCUCUACCUGAUCAUUGGAGCCACCGUGUUCAAAGCGUUGGAGCAGCCUCACGAGAUCUCACAGAGAACCACCAUUGUGAUCCAGAAGCAAACGUUCAUUUCCCAACACUCCUGUGUCAAUUCGACUGAGCUGGACGAACUCAUCCAGCAAAUAGUGGCAGCAAUAAAUGCAGGGAUUAUACCGUUAGGAAACACCUCCAAUCAAAUCAGUCACUGGGACUUGGGAAGUUCCUUCUUCUUUGCUGGCACUGUUAUUACAACCAUAGGGUUUGGAAACAUCUCACCUCGAACGGAAGGGGGAAAAAUAUUCUGUAUCAUCUAUGCCUUACUGGGAAUUCCCCUCUUCGGUUUUUUGUUGGCUGGAGUUGGAGAUCAACUAGGGACCAUAUUUGGAAAAGGAAUUGCAAAAGUGGAAGAUACGUUCAUUAAGUGGAAUGUUAGUCAGACCAAGAUUCGCAUCAUCUCAACAAUCAUAUUUAUACUGUUUGGCUGCGUGCUCUUUGUUGCUCUGCCCGCAAUCAUAUUCAAGCACAUAGAAGGCUGGAGUGCCCUGGACGCCAUUUAUUUUGUGGUUAUCACUUUAACGACCAUUGGAUUUGGUGACUAUGUUGCAGGUGGAUCGGACAUUGAAUAUCUAGACCUCUACAAGCCUGUCGUGUGGUUUUGGAUCCUCGUGGGACUUGCUUACUUUGCUGCCGUCCUGAGCAUGAUUGGAGACUGGCUCCGCGUGAUAUCGAAAAAGACGAAGGAGGAGGUGGGAGAGUUCAGAGCCCAUGCUGCUGAGUGGACAGCCAACGUCACGGCCGAGUUCAAGGAAACCAGGAGGCGGCUGAGCGUGGAGAUUUAUGACAAGUUUCAGCGCGCCACCUCCAUUAAGCGGAAGCUCUCCGCAGAACUGGCCGGGAACCACAACCAGGAGCUGACACCUUGUAGGAGGACCCUGUCCGUGAACCACCUAGCCAGCGAGAGGGAUGUCUUGCCUCCUUUACUGAAAACUGAAAGUAUCUAUUUGAAUGGAUUGACGCCACACUGUGCAGGCGAGGAGAUUGCUGUUAUUGAGAAUAUUAAGUAG